AUGUCGAGACCCAAAUCAGCACCACGAGCGUCUGAGCCCGCUCUUUCAUCUAGAACCCCCUCAGUGCCUAUACCACCAACAGCUAGGAAGUCAAGUCAGCCUGCGGUCAAUACCCAGAGUGCGGGUGCCACUCCUCGCUUCUACGACGGACCCACCAUCAGUGCUCAAGGUAACGAUGUAAAGUCGAAAGCCAAGCAAGCAGCUGCGAAGACAGCUGCAGUCACCAAGGCUUCAACCAAAAAAGCAGUCUCUACCGCGCGACGACAUCCCUGGUCCAUCAUCUCCAUCCUCACUUCUCUACCAAUCUUGGUCUUCUUCUCACUUGCAUCUACUGUCCUAUGUCCUCCGCCUGGUGAAUCACUGUCACCGGUCAAUAAGUACAUCUUGUCCCCACUCGAAUACGGUCCUACCCAGUCUCAUCCUAUCCUAUGUUACCCUUCCAACGUGUAUCAUCGGGAAAUACUCCAACCAUACGUUUACCCAGUAUUGGAUAAAGCUCAAGAUCGAUUCACGACUUCGCCCUACUAUGUCAACUACGCUAAACCAAGUUACGACAAGGCAGAUAAACUAGCUAGACAGUUAUAUCAAGGACCACUCAAACCUGUCAUAAGAGGAAUUAGGAGAUUCUACUUUACCUUCAUCCAACCUCACUUCCCAUACCUCAAAGCUAGAUAUCACACGCUCACUGCACCUUAUACAUCCAGGAUACAAGCAUUCGCCAAACCCCAUAUAGAAACUGCCAAUCAAUAUGCGAAUCUCGCCAGUGAUCAUGCUGUUAGAAGUUACAAUUACGCUUCCACCCAUCCAUUAACUGGCCAAUUGGCCAAAUACGCUCAAAAGGGAUACCAAAUUACGUCGGAGAAUGGUCAUAAAGCUUAUGUAUGGAGCAAACCUCAUUUCCUCAGAGCGAGAUUAGAAGUGCAGAGAAUAACUAGAGAGAUCCUUGGUCCAAGAGCUGUGAAGGCUUUGCAGAGAGCCACGAUCGAGGCUGCUAAGAUCGAAGCUGCUGUUAGAGCCUACAUCGUCAAGAUCUAUAAUCAACAUCUUGAACCCCACGUCGGUCCCUAUGUCACUCAAACAUCUAAAUUCGUUGCUCCUUACACAGCGUUAUUCCACAAACACGUCCAUCAACCUUAUAUCAAACCCACUGUCGAUCAACUGUUCCCACCUUCUAUCAAGGAGAAAUCAUUUUUGGCCAUGUUGGCUGAAUUCCUGCCUACAACUGGUGGCACCACUCAUGCAGCUGAGAGGAAAGGAGAGAUGGAUGAUUAUUAUAAUGAUUUGGAACAUUCGCGUAAACCUGCUGAAGUCAAAGUACCAUCUGCCGACAAAGUCACUGAGAAGAAGACCGCAGAGGUCAAACCUAAAGAGGUGAAGAAAGUGGAAAGGGCUGAAAUGGAUCGGGUGAGGGAUGCGAUCAAGAGUAGAGUGGAUGAACAAGGGAAGAAGAGCUUGAAGAAGAUUAAAGAAGAGGCCAAACGUAUCAACUCUGAAUUCAGUACCAACUCAAUCCCCAUCCUCGCUCAAAAUAUGAGAUCGGAGAUUGAAAGAGAGAUAGAUUACGUCUUGACUGGGUUGGACAAAUUAUACACCAAAUCGACCACCUUGACGAAUGAACAAGUUUUGAAAUCUAGUGAACAGGCUGAUGCGAGGUUGAAGAGGACAGCCGAUAAGAUAAAAUCCAGGUUGGAUGUUCAAAAAGGAAAAUUACAAGAUCAAGCUAAAGGUGUGGCGGAGGUUCAGAAAGAGUUGGUCGAUAGAGCUUUGGGUAGGGAGUAUAAGGAACUGGCUGAACAGAUGGGCCAAAUUGAUGGAGUUACGUCCAGAGAUUUGGAUAAAUACAGUGACGUUCAGAAACUCGCCGACUCCUACAAAUCCAAAUUUGCUUCUGCUCUUGAUGACAACACCGCUCUUGCUAAACCCUUCAGCGAACUCAAAACGGAACUUAACGAUUAUCACGAAUCUUUCCGGGAACGAGUUGGUAUCCUCAAGCGAACCGCUUUAGACCGAAUCAAAGCUAGAGAAGCCAUGUCAGCCGAAGCUGAACCUUCCCGAGUCAGUAUACUACCCAUCAAAGAAGCCGCUGGGGCGGCUGCUGCUGCUGCUGGAGUAGGAGCCGGAGGUAUUCUGGGUAAAGGCAAAGAACAAGUUCUAUCGGCAUUAUCAGCUGCUGGUACACCUACUUCCGCCGGUGUAAUCGAUCAAGUCCAAGCUUCUGCUCAGUCCAUACUUGAUGCCGCUUCUUCAAGCUUACAUGAGGGAACUCGAUCGGUAAUUUCGGCGGUUGGAGCGACACCUUCGCCUGAAUCACCUAAAGAAUAUGCCGAAUCAGUCAUUUCAGCUGCAUCCGAAGCUGUCGAUUCAUUAUCAUCUGCGGCUGGAUCUGUCAUUCACGAUGCUACUAGAUCGGCUAUCUCAGUCGCUGGAGGCACACCAUCCCCCGAAUCGCCCCAAGAAUAUGCCGAGUCUAUAUACAAUGCCGCGGGCGAAAACGUCAAUUUCGCUAUAUCACAAGCAUCUGAUGCUGUCCAUCAAGGUACCAGAUCCAUCAUCUCGGCUGUAGGCGCUACACCCAGUCCCGAGACUUUUGGUGAAUCGGUAGAAUCCGGUAUUGCUGCUGCCUCGAAGGGUAUCAACGAUGCUAUACCGGACAUAGAUAUCAGUAAAUCGGUGCAUGACGCUACGAGAGCAGCUAUCAAGGCUGUCGGAGCUACGCCUAGCCCCGAGAAUCUAGGCGAACACAUCGAAUCCCUUACUCAAGUCUUAGCCGAAUCAGCUUCAUCAGCGAUUUCAGUAGCUUCAGAAGCUGUCUCUGGCUUAUCUCAAGAUGCCUCAUCAGUCUUACAUGACGCUACUCGAUCUGCCAUAUCUGCUGUUGGCGCCACACCAUCUCCUGAAUCUCCUAAUGAGUACUUGGAAUCAGUUGGAAACGUAGUUGCGCAAGGAGCAGCAUCGGUAUACGGAAUCGCAGAAGAGAAUGUCAAUUCCCUAUCGAGCAACGUCCAUGAUGCUACCCGAUCGGCAAUGAGGAAAGUCGGAGUGACACCUACACCUGAGACUCCAGGUGAAUACGCGGAAAGCAUAUAUGGAGAAGCCAGUUCGACCGUAUCGUCCGUUGGAUCAGUCAUAUCCGAACAAGCGAGUUUGUUGGUGAACCAAAUUCAAGAAGCGUUAGGAGUGGUAUCUACAACACCAGAACCAUCUGGGUUAGUCGCGUCUGCAACAUCCUAUAUCUCUUCGUUGGCUUCUGCUGGAUCUUCAGUAGGAUCUGAAGCGUUAGUCUCCGGAUCUUCUAUCCUUUCGUCACUCCAAAAUGAAGCUUCUUCUACGAUCCAUCAAGCUACCCGAUCAGCUUCCAAGGCACUGGGUGCGACACCCACUCCUGAGACUCCAGGAGAGUAUGUAGAUGCUGCCAAACAAGCUGUCAAGGACCAGGUGAAAAGGGUGAGAGAUCCCAGGGAGAUUGCUGAAAGUUUGGUGAGGAAACAUGCUAGUCAGAUUGAUAGGGAUUUAGCGGAUGAGAGAGCGAGGGGAACCACGAGGUUCAUAGGUGAUGAACAUGGACAUGGACAUGCUCAUACUCAGGCAGCGGGACAUGCGGCUAGGGAGGAAUUGUAG